AUGGUAGAGCGUGCAAUGGAAGAGUUGAAGAUGCUUGAAACCAAAUAUCCCAAUCAACAUGAGUUUCUAAAGCAACAACUCAGGUCCUUCAUUCUUCAACACCAGGAAUCUCAAAUGCUUCAAGAAAACAACCACUGCACCACUUUCCUCGCUUUCUGUGAUACAGAAGAGUCCACCAAUUAUGGUUUGAAUCUUGCCUUAGCAGACAGAGUUGUAAUGAAGGGGAAGAUUGAUGAAAGUUCUGAGCUUGAAUCUCCAAAGGGUGUUGUAAUGUCAAGCAGGAAGAGCAAGAGGAGAGAUAGGGUGGAUUUGGUUCUCGAGAGAGCACAAACUUGUCUUAAAAAAAUACGACAUUUGAAAACAUCUUUACUAUCUCCAUCCUGA